AUGCAUGGUGCAAUUAACUCUUCUUUAGCUGACGCAGUGGUGCCGUUAGAAAAUCGGAAAACUAAGCGGAAACGGAAGAUCAAGAUCCCCCGCAAGAUUCGACACGACGACCAAAUAAGUUUGGACUCAACCAUCGAGACUUUGCUACUGCCCCAGAAAGUGUCAACUUCGUACCAAGUGGCCGAAGACGAGACCUCGUCAAAUAUCCAAUACCACCCUGCAUUGUCCAAUUACGGCCUUGGAACCCUCAGAGGCCAAAUUCGACGGGAUGACAUCAUCUCCCCGGCAGCAAAAAGUGCAGACGCUUUUAGCACAACUACCAAUCGGGCGCCAUUCGAAAGUCUACCUCACCGAUAUACCAACGACCCAAUUUCUUACCAUGCCCUUAACACGUUCAUUGCGACUGAAUCAAACACCAAGCCACCCUUGCGGUUUGCUCCGCCCACUACCACAACCGCCACUACAACCACAACAACAUCAACAACAACCACAAACACUGAAAGAAGUAGUACUACAAUAACCUCAACGGACGAAAUUGAUUCCAAAUCGGAAGCGGCUGAACCCAGCAACAAUAAUAAGGAGCCAGAGCCAGAUAUUGUCAAGAAAGAGGUCAAAUCUGUUGGAAAUGCCCUUAGUCCAACUGAAACAAACUUCAAACCAUCAUACCGAGAGGGCUUUCAUCCCUCAAGGCCCGGACCCGUGUAUUCCCAACCCAUCAGGCACAAUCCGGUGGCAACGCAACCUUACCAAAAACAGAAUUCUUUCGGAGUGUCCGUGGAUUUUGCGGGCUUUUCUCACGAAAAUCCCUUGCUCACCUACUACAAACCAUUUCCAACUUCUGAGCCCACUUUCAAACGAGAAAUCAUACCCGACCACAUUUUGGCCAAUCCUCAAAAUAUUUACCAGAAUCAGUGGACGACAUCGGGCGCCGUGAAGAAACCCCUCGUUGAUGUAACGAAAGAAAAGGUCAAAUACUACGAAACAGCCACUACUUUUGACCCGUAUAUUGACACGGUUCACUCACCACAAGACAACGGGGAACCCGUCACGGAGUCCAGAGUAUCCCAUGGAGAGAAUUCUGGGUCCCAUCACAGUCAGUCGACAAAAAUCACCACUUUGCAUCAACAACAACUCAGUUCCGACUAUUCAGCCACGGAAUCAUCCGCUUCACUUCUCCUUUUGGCCCCAUCUGGCCCUCGAGUUCCCAUCUUGUCUAAGAUUACCCACGAUAUCCGAGAUAUGUUCUCCAACAUGAUUCACCGACGACCCCAAGAGCGGCCCGAUACAGCAGAAGUCGACAGAGCCCCACAACCCCCUCUCAUGCACCGAAUCCGGUCAGGAUUGCACAAAAUGAUGGGCAAUCAGUUUGGGGACCGCCAAUUUGACGGGUUCGACUUCAUACCACUGGUGGUCGUUUUGGUGGGCGCUGGACUCCUCCUGGCAGCAUUGUUCCCUAAUGCACUUACAAACGUCGCCAACGGCAAUGUGGUUCUCGGGCGCAAGGAUGACCUUGACGGUGAUUUAGCUCUUUUGGACCAUGCAAUAAAUCAGCUGGAAUCCGGGAUCCUUAUGAUCAGCUCGUUGAGGCGUCAGGACACUUGCGCCGAGAAGCUGGCCUGCAAAUUAGGUGGCUUAGCUAAGGAAAACUUUGACGACUCCGAGAUGCUUCUGGGAGCUUUAAAGAUGGUCGUGCCCGUAAGUUUUUCUAAUGUUUCUCGAUCCUUCGAAAGCAGUUACCGCAACAUUGACUCAGAAUCCUGCCGCCAAGAAUGUUACCGCUGUAUCAAUUUGUGAAGGGUGCCUAACAAAGCGAAACAGCUCAUUCCUAUUUUCAUACCACUUGUGAAUGCCAUGUUCCAGUAGAUAUUAGAAUAAUAAACAAAGAU